AUGGGUUUCUACAUGAUGCCUGCCAGCAUGAAAGCUACCAAAAGAGUCAAGUGUAACAAUGUUUAUACAAUUACUUUCAGACCAUAUGGAACCAAUUUUCCUGAUGUGAUUGAAGCCUUGGAGCCUGAUCUAGCAUUGCUUGACAAGGGUAUUAAUAUAAAUAUUCCUAGUGAGAGAGUCGCUAGAGUUAUUUCCUCAUGUCUCUGUUUUCUUGGGGAUAUGCCACAACAGAAUGCCAAUACUGGAAUCAAAGACCUACAGCAACAUGGUCUUGUUGGAGUUGUAUAG